AGCGUAAAGAUGUGUGUUUAAUGUGUUUUCGCAAUUUUGCAAUAAUGGAGCCCACAAACGUUAGUUAUUACGAAGAAAACAAAUCUACAAGUUCUACAGUCGUAGCGAACAUCGUUUCACGAGGAGAUACAGUGUUUGGUCGCGAAAUAGUGAUUCCCUUGAACUCUUUUGACUUGAUAUCAGUGCAUCCAUCCUUGAAGUGCUCUAGAAAGUGGUGUAGACUCACUCAUAAGCCGUUCCUAGAUCCUUGUACAGCAAGAUUUUUGGACCCUAUGGUAGCUUGAGUGCUAAAAUGGCCUAGCAUCCUCACAGACUUUGCGUAGUGUCUUAGUAAAGUUAGUAACGUAACCACAAUGCACACUAAUCAGUGGCGCAAUAGGCGCAAUCAGCUCAAUUUGAGCCCUAUUCCAGCGUUUAACAUGUACUCAAUAGCAAACUAUAGUACCGAUACAUCAAAGACAGACUUGUCAAAGACUUUUGCCGAAGAAAUGUUGAUACACAGCUUGCAUAUGAUGCCAAAUCCGCUUCAAAAGAACUUAGCGGAUACCAUACCAACAGCGGAAAAGCCAAAACCACCAUAUAAAGAGCCUAAAUUGGAGCCUAAAGCAUAUCCAGAGCCAAAAAUGGAGAAAGAGCAAGCUAGAACUGAAUAUUCUUUUAGUUUUGGCAGUUUUUUCUCAGGGGUUAUUAGUGCAAUAUCAAGCGGCGUUUUUAAGCGUCGCGAGCCAACGCAGCAAUACUACGAUUGUUUUGAUCCCGAGCCGAGCUGGCAGACGGCCAGCGAAGCGGAUUUAAAUAAGUCUACACGCUCGCAGUCGCUCAAGGAAGACGACGCCAUGAGUGCGGAUUGUCGGAGCGCCGCGGCGCACUGCGAGGACAAACUCAACCGAGUAAGACACUUACUCAGCAGCAAACCUGUUCCUACCACCCCAAAAUACAGAAGAAAGCCUAAGAGAGUCUUUGUCGAGCCCGGUUCGGUCGAGGAAUCGUUUGAAGAUGCCUUCUCACCGGAAGACUUUGUCCGACUCUCAAACAGCAACCAUAUUGAGUGUAUCAGUCCAUUUAACAAUCAUAAGGAAGAGGUGAUAGAAGCUGCAGCCGUGAGAGUCAAGACGGAGGUGAAAGAAGUUAUGGAUAUUGUCCAGACGCUGCCAGAAGCCGAAAUUGUCCCUUUAGAUAAAACUAAUAACCACAAUAUAGAAACAAAGGAAGCUAUAGCUAAUACUCAAGUAGAAUCACAAGCCGAUGUAAAAGACAGUCAAAAAAGUGUGUCAAAAGGAAUAAUUGAGCACAUAGGAGAUAAAAUUGAAGUUAAACCCGAUUUACCGAAUGUACCUGAAGAAAUAAAAGAAAAACAAGAAGUUAUCGCAGCGUGCGAAGACAAAGUAAACAGACUAAAAGCUUUGCUGCAACGCCGAAAACCUAAAUCUAGAUUAACGAAAACUGAAUCGGAUUCUGCCUUGGAACCCGUGACAGAUAUGAAAAACAAGAAAGUACAGGAUAAGCACUUUAAAAAUCCGGCGAGGACCACGGAUAAAAGAAAGCAGUCGCAAUUAAUAAAGAGUAUUCAAGAAGAUAUGAGUUUUGGUAACUCUUUAGACACUGAAGAGGUCUCUAGCCCUGAUAAUUCACCAAUAUUACCGCAAACUAAGCUUUGUGAUAUGAUCAACGUACCGAAGUUAGUACCUGAACCGGAACCUGAAUACUUUGAUGAGGUCCAUGGUCGCUUCCGUUCUGCAUCAACAGAUAGUGAUGACUCAUUCCAAAUAGUCUUCACCGACAGCCCGAAAGCAGCGAGACACCACUCAUUAUCCGACUGCGACUCUGAAGACUCAUUCAUCGUCUUCGAAGACUCACCAGACAGUUGCUACACAUCUCACGAUGUCUUCGGUGACUCCGCGGUCGAGAGUGACUCUGAUUCGGACGUUAGUGACUCAGGCUGCGGUGUAUCGUGUAAAUUGUCACAUUCACUGACUCGGACCGUUGGAGACUUGACGGAUGACAGUUUGUUUGACGAUACAGUGCGGGAGGAGAGUGGGGAUGAGGUGGAUAGUGUGACAGUGUGCGAGGAGUUGGAUUUGCCUGAGGAGGUGAAUACAGGAUUGCUUCUGACUGAUGCUAAGAAAUUAUUGAGGAGACAGCAGCCACCUAAGAAGGUGUCCUUCUCCGAGAAGCCACCAAAAGUGCACGUGAUGCGAGUAUGGUCGUUCGCGGCGAGGCAGGCUCGCCGAGGCAACUGGGAGCAAGAUGCCAUGGACCGGGACAGAUUCAAGAGGAAGAUUGCAGACGUAGACAUGGCAGUAUCAUGGGUGUUGAAGCCCCAACACCGGCGUCGGAUCAUGUUCCAACGUUUCAUGCCGUGGUGGAACAAGCAGAGACGGCUCGAGAUAGAAGAGAGGAAGCGGAAGCAAGAAGAAGAUAGGAUAGCAGAAGAGAAGAGAGAAGAUGAAAAGAGGAUAGAAGAAGAGAGGUUAAAAGCUGAGGUUGAAGGUAGGGAUGCUAGUGAAAUAAAUGAAGUAAAUACAGAAGGUACAAAGAGUGGAAAUGGUGUUGAUAUAAAAGUUGAUGGGGUUGAUAAAGAAUUAAAUAACGUUAAUGGAGUUAAUGAAAAUGGUUUAAUUAAUGAGAAAGUAGAAAACAAUCUUGAUGUUAAUGACGACAAAAAUGAUGGUGAAUGUAAAACACAAAUAAAAACAUUGGAAAAUAAAAUAGAUGAUAUGAAUCUUAAAGUUGGUGACAAAGAUAAAUCUAAAUUAGAUUUAAUAAAUGAUAAAGUAAAUGAUGUAAAGAUAGAUUUAAAUGUAGAUAAAGUAGCGAAGUCGUUGGCGAAGUGCGAUUUUUAUGAUAAAUCUGAGUCGAAGGCGAAUUCCAUUUUAGCGUCCAAAGUUGUUUUAGACACAUGACAUUCUGUUUUAUAUAGGGUAUUUCGCCAGUAACUGGCCACCCUAAACUAAAAAUGAAUUGUAUUCACCUACAAACAGAAUUCAUUUUUAGUUUAAUCCGGCCAGUUACUGGCGAAUUACCAUGAUAUUUUGUUGAUGUAACUGUCAAAUAUAUUUAAUAAAAACUACAAAAACAUUUUAAGGUUGAUGAUUUAACAAAUUUUAAAAAUUAGUUAAAUAUUAAUUUUCUAUCAAAGGUUUCAGUGUUUAGAUCGCAUCUAGCAGCCCUGCGCUCUUUGCGCUGAAAAUUUUGAUUCUUCUGAAAGUUACGGAAUUUCAGAUUGAAAGUUUCCAAAAAGUUGGAAAAGUUACCGGAGAUUUCAGGAAACUUUCACAGGAAAUUAAGAAAAUUGUCCAUUUAGAAACUUAUAAAAUUUGAAAUUUCGUCAUGAAAAAAAAAAAUACGACGGCACAUUAGUUUCGAAGCACCGUGUUUCCAUACCCUAUGACUUCUUUAAGUAAAACCAUUUGAAAAAAAAAACACGAUAAACUUUAAAAAAUCCAUAUUUUUUUCCAUAUCGACAAAUAUUUAAAAAAAUAUGUAGUAUCAUUUUUUCUUGAAACGCCCAUCACUUAUUUCGCCAUCACAUUUGCAUUUUAAUUUUCUUUUAAAUGACACUACGAUCUUAUAUUUUAUCGAAAUAAAAAACAUAAAAUAUGAGAUUUAUUUCUCUCUAUAAGAGGAUGCUAAGAGUGCCUGAAA